AUGUCUGGUUCGUCUGACAAGGCCAUUCGAGUGUGGGACGCGAACACGAGGCAGCAACUGGGUGAGCCUCUUGAGGGCCACACGGGCUCGGUCAGAUCUGUCGCAGUCUCACCCGAUGGGCAGCGAAUUGUUUCUGGAUCGUCUGACAAGACCGUUCGAGUGUGGGACGCGGACAUGGGGCGGCAACUAGGCGAGUCUUUCAAGGGCCAUACAUCCUCAGUCAGAUCUGUCGCAAUCUCACACAAUGGCCAACGAAUCGUGUCCUGUUCGGAUGACAGGACCAUCCGAGUGUGGGAUGCAGAGAUGGGACAGGAAUGGUGCCGGCCUCUCCAAGCCGAUAUGCUAAGGGUGAACUCUCUCGCAAUCUCGUAUGACGGCCGGCGGAUCGUGUUCAGUGUUUCUGACAACACCAUCCGAGUGUGGGACGCGGUCACAAUGCAACAACUGGGCGAGCCUCUCGCGGGGCAUACAGACGUGGUCGUGUGGGACGCGGAUGCGGGGCGACAAUUGGGCGGACCCCUCGAAGGUCAUACAUCCUCGAUCAUAUCUGUCGCUAUCUCAUACGAGGGCCUGCGAAUCGUGUCUGGUUCACAUGAUAAGACCAUCAGAGUAUGGGGCAAAACCAUCGCAGUCAGAACCUCACUAGAAAGCGAAGUGACGCCGUCUGAACUUCCAAUCUCCAUCGUGGUCGAUGCUUCGCGGUCGAAUAUACUUCCUUCCACGGGCGCGAGUGCACUGAACCUCAAGUCAUACGUAUCCUCCAAUUCGCACAUCCGCGGUCAUUUUCUACACAAGGUGGUGGAAUGGACACGAAGACAGAUAGCCCGAUUAGUUCCUCGCGGGCGGAAACUUGCUCAUUCCAGGUUUCGAUGGCAAACCCUGAGCGAGGAUAUGGCUUGCACUUGCAACUUCAAUAAUCCAGAUCAGAACACCAAUAUUGAUACAGUGGCUCUGUACAAUCGUCCAUUGUGCUACUUAUCGAAUUUGGGGCACGCCUUGAACUUCCCGGCUUCAUUUUGGGGAGAUGCUCCACCUUCUGUUAUCAUGCCAGACCAGGAUGGGUGGAUUAUUGGCCCCAAUGGCCAACUUCUGCUCUGGGUGCCAAUCCAACUCAUGGAGCAGCCACUAAUUUAUGCGUCGGGCAAUGCUCUAGUGAUCCCUGAUGGUGCGUUGCAGCUAGACCUGAGUCAAUUCACCCAUGGAGAGGCCUGGUAUAAAUGCUAUGAUCCCGAUGCUGUGUGA